AUGAUUCAGGCGGAGUCCGGCAUUGGCCAUGAUGCGCUUCACGCGCCUGUCGACGUGGAAGCUGCUUAUCUGCGGAUGCUUGCUGGCCUUCUAACGAGCUCUUCGCUCAUGUGUGAAGCCGCAGUGACGCAGGCUAAAUAUCUCACGUGCAUGAAGAUGUACAUUCAGGGCGGCCCAUGGCCCAAGCUCGGCACGACGAUGGCCGGCCAUAAACGUUUGCAGAACGUUGCCACGCUCCUCCUCAACGCGCGCAGUGCCGACGUCGCUGGAAGCUACGUCGAGUGCGGCGUGUGGCGCGGCGGAAUGUCCAUCUUUGCCAAGGCGGUGAUCGAAGGUAGCCUGCGACCGGAUGAGUCCAUUUACGCGUCGAAGAGUCUCAACGCCACGCUCGCCAAGGGCGAGGACACUGUGACGCGCAAUUUCUACCGGUUUGGAGUGUCUAUGGAGGGGGUGCGAAUGGUGCCGGGAUACUUUGUUGACUCGUUGCCGGGGCUGCGUGCCGAGCUCAAGGGCCGCGGCGAGCGGCUUGCGCUGCUGAGGCUGGAUGGCGAUAUGUACGACUCAACCAUUGACAUCCUUUACAACCUUUACGACCUGGUCGAGGUCGGAGGGUUCAUCAUCGUUGACGAUUUCGGCUGGCACGAGGAUCUCAUGGAGUCGUGGGGCGCGAAGGACGCGGUGCUAGACUUCCGCGCCGUGCACGGGAUCGAGGACGACGCGCACAUCUUCCACAACAUCGACGACGCUGGCGCAUGGUUCCGCAAGGCACGCAACGUCGAGAUCCGCCACCAUCAGUACAAACGAGGCGUCAAGGACGGCAACUACAGCGCACUGCGCCCAAUGCCAUUGCUCACGGCAAAGGACUAUGCGCGCCUGAGGCACAAGUGGGAUCGGGCAGGGUAG